AGCAAAGUAGAGAAAUAAGAGGGGGAAAAAUCAUUGGAAAAUGGUAGCUCGCCAAUUCAUUGUUCAUCACAAGGACUCCGAAUUCCCCAUCGAUUACGAUACCGACGAUGGAUUCGAGGUGCUCAAAUUCCAAAUAUUUUCGCUCACUUCGAUCGAUCCUGAGGAGCAAAAGAUCUUAGUUGAGGAUCAGAAUUUGAUCAUGACUGAAUCCUCUGAUCUCGAAUCCAUCUCCUCUAAGCUCCGUUUGGUUUCAAUCAAUGAGGAGCAAGCAGAGGAGAAAAAAGAGAAGUCUUUGAACCAAUUUGUGAAGUCCGAUGAAGAAUUGGCUAGGAUCUUGCAGGCUGAAGAGGAUGCACUUUUCUUUCAACAAUACAGAGCAAGUGAAAAUAGUGGGGAAUUUGAAGGGAGAGUGCGGCCUUAUGUUAAGCAAGUAUUCUUGUAUGAGGACCCAGUUCGCCAGGAGGCUGCACGAAAGUCUGUUCCUGUUGAUGAAGUUGAGGAGAAGGCACUGGUUUCUUUGGCCAAGGAGGGAAAGUUCAAACCUUCAAAAGAAGAGAAAGAUCAUGCCUUCUUGCUGCAUUUGCUUUCCUGGUUCAAGCAAUCAUUUAGGUGGGUAAAUUCACCUCCUUGCGAAAAUUGCGGUAGUGGAACUAGCAAUAUUGGCAUGGGCACCCCACUUCCUUCUGAAAUCAGUUACGGUGGUUCUCGUGUUGAGCUUUAUAGGUGCAACUGUUGUUCAUCUAUCACUCGUUUUCCACGUUAUAAUGAUCCUCUAAAGCUUCUGGAAACAAGGAAAGGGCGUUGUGGAGAGUGGGCUAAUUGCUUUACACUCUACUGUCGAGCUUUUGGUUAUGAAUCUCGCCUGAUAUUGGACUUCACUGAUCAUGUUUGGACAGAGAGCUUUUCACAUUGCUUGGGAAGAUGGAUGCAUCUAGAUCCAUGCGAGGGAGUAUAUGACAAUCCACUUUUAUAUGAGAAGGGGUGGAAUAAGAAGUUGAAUUAUGUAAUUGCUAUUGCGCAAGAUGGAGUUUACGAUGUCACAAAACGUUACACAAGGAAGUGGCAUGAAGUUCUUUCUAGACGUAAUAUCACGACGGAAACCAAUGUUUCUGCUGUCCUUUCUUUCAUAACAAAGGAAUGUCGUGCUAGAUAUUCAUCUAGAGAACUUUCUAUUCUUGAGCAUCGCGACCAGAAGGAAAUCGAGGAGCUUGAGGGGGAGCUUUAUCAUAAAAUCGAUAAUUCUGUAUCCCUACCUGGAAGGCAAAGUGGGGCCAUUGAGUGGCGACUUGCAAGAUCUGAAAUGGGGUCUAAUGGGAGUACCUCUCUAGGAAUUUCUUCUUGUCCAAUCCGACUCUGUGUAGAUUCACAUGUUAAAAAUAUUUACACUGCUUUGUAUCUUCUCUUACUUCAAUUUCUUGAUAAUGGUUAUGAGAAAAAUGAAAUUGUUAAGAUUCUGGCAACUCUUAAAAAGCUGUUGGUGGAUCUUAGAGCUUCCCCAUUUAAAGAGAGGAGAUCUUUCAUAAAUUUCACCCUCUCACAAUCCUCUGACACAUUGAUGACGUGCAUCGAAGGGUUUCUUGCUUCCAUUUCUUUAAAGGGGGAAUUGGAGAAUGAUGGAAGGAUGUGUGUAUGUCUAGCUGGUGAUCCAGUUCAAACUUCUUUAGCUUUACCUGUGGCUAUGGACGCUGUUGAUGAAAUAGCUAAUAAUCUUACAAGUGAUGCUUACUUUGAGAAAGAUGCUAUAGAAUUUCCAAGAGCCAACAGAUUAUCUUCUGGCUCUGUUCUUGCCAGUGGCGAAGAACUCCCUGUUGAAAUUGCAACAUCAGCAUUUGAUGGUAUGCGUUUGUCUAAGUGGGGAGAACCAAAUGGAGCUAAAGGAUGUUGGUUAUUAUACAAAGUAUUAAAUGAUCAGAUGCAUGAACUGGAGGCAUACCAGCUGAUGUCAGCCAAUGAUGCUCCAGAAAGAGAUCCAGUGGAUUGGAUUGUCGAGGGAAGUGAUGAUGGAGGCAUCAACUGGUAUCUGUUAGAUAAACAGAGCUCUCAGUUAUUUGAGAAGCGGUUCCAACGCAAAACUUUCAAAGUAGAUACAAGUAGAAAGUCUAAUGCAUUCAGGUUCCAUUUCCUCUCAGUCAGAGAUCCUAAAAUGCAGUCCAGGUUUCAGAUAGGCAGCAUUGACCUUUAUACAAAAGAGGGCUAAUUCUUUUGGCCUUGUACAUGAAAACGGAGCUUGUUCAUAUAAUUCAGCCAGUAAGGGAGCUAAGACCUUAUGAAAAUUGUUGUUGGAUGAGAGUGAUGAUAUACAGCUUCCACAAAAACGUUACCAAAGAAAGAGAUUAAAGCGCAUUCUGAUGUUUGUAUAACUGUAUUGUAAAUUUUACAUGCAAUAAACACUGAACAGUGAUUAUUUGAAAGCAUGUGCAAGUUCUAUGUUAUAAUUCUGGCUGAAAAGGCUGGGCUGGUAAUAUUAUUAAAACUUGGCUCUUUUCUUUUUAA